AUGGAUGGAUUGAACAGGCUGCGUUUGUCAGCUGUUGAUGCCGAGCACUUCCGGACAGCCGCUGGCAAUAGCGAAGUGCCCGAGAAGGACUUGAUGGACAUGCUAACAUCACUCAACGAAAUCGUGGUGAGUACCGACAAGGAGCACAAGGCUUUCGAAAAGCUUUCCAGUGCACGCGAGACGGCCUGCUUGUCUACCAAGAAGAGUCUUCAACAGUCCAUCUCCGAAGGAAGCCAGUCGAUCAAGACUGCGCAGGUGGAGCUGUCGAAGGCCAUGAGCGAGGUCGAGUCCAUCCAGGGCGGGGUGAGUGAGCUGAAGUCUCAAGUCAAGACCGUGGAGGAUGAGAUUGCUGCUCUUCAGAAGCAGCUUGCUACACUGCGAACGGAGCGUCAAGCCGCCAUUGCGCGCGACUCCGGCUACACGCGGGAAGUCAAGGCCAUCCUGAGCAAGGCCAAGCAACGGAUCGACCAGGUGUGGACUCGCAGUGGUGCGCACAAGGUGGACGACGUGGCCGAACUCCUCCAGGGUGAAGUCAAGGACAGCAGCCGGAGUGCUGACGAGGCAUGGGACCCGAGCGCGCUGGCAGAAAUUCACAGCAGCCUUACUGACGAAGAUGCAGCUGGCGGCACUCCUGACAAGACUGCCAGGACCGAAGCUGCGGAGGGCAGCUCCAAGGCUCUCGCCAAGGAUGCGGCAGAUGUCAACAAGGCCGCUCAGAUUGCUCGCGAGGCCUUCGAGCUGGAGGAGCUGCGUCUGAUGGAUCUGCUCCAGGCGAAGCGGAAGCUGCUCGGGCCUUUACAAGAAGGCCUUGCUGACCGGCAGCCAGAGUUGGCAGAUCAGCUGAAGAAGAUCUCGGAGGCCAACCGCACCGUGGCCAUGUCCAAGAAAGGUGUGCAGCGCGACACUGCAGUCUUGGAAAAGUCCGACGUUAGAUGCGACCUCCUCGCCAAGGCGAAGAAGUUUGAGGCCGACAAGCGACCGGAGGUCCGGGAACAGGUGGUCAUGGCCGUUUCCUUCCUGAAGUCCAUAGCGAAGGCUUCGGACUUCACGCUCACUCCGGGGGCCGAGGGUCCCAAGACUUCGCCCGUGAACUUCUUGCAGCUGGACUCCAUCAGCCGAGACGGCGGCGAAGACCUAUCCGAGGCCGUGCGCAACGCCUUGCACAACAUCGAGGCCCUGAGCGAGAGCCAUCGCGGUCUCUCUGAGGACCUCCAGGCAAGUGACGACACCGUUCCGGCCGCGCCUGAGAGCAAUCUUGUGCAGGUGGGUGCUGGCACGGAGAGUGGCCAGGCUGCCAGGGAGACGGCCGACUCUCUCAAGGGGGUCAAAGAGAUGAUCUCCAAUCUGAUUGCCUCACUUCGGGAGGAGCAAAGCCAGGACAAGGACAAAGGCAAGUUCUGCGAGGAGCAGGAGAAAAAGGCCCGCGAAGGCUUCAAGAAGCUCUCAGCCGCCACGGAGGACGCAGAGCAAGCCAAGCGCUGGGCGGAGAACGCAGUCCUGGACCUCCAGGCCCAAGCCCGCUUCCUGGAGGCUGACGUGAGCCGGCUCAAGCAGGCCGUGACCUCGGGCAAGGCAGACCUCGAUGCGGAGGUGGCCCGCAUCAAGGAAGAGGCCCAAAACCACGCGGCCAGCAAGGAGGUCAUCGUGAAAAGUCGUGCUGUGCUGAAGACGCACUGCCAGCUGUCUGGCACUGAGAAGAGCUCCGGCAACUGCGGCGAAGCCGACGCCGCGCUGAAUCUCGCUAAUCUGGGGCUGGAAAAACUCGACAAGUUCCUUGCCACCUACAUCUUGGACUUUACCAAAGUCUCUGAGGAACAGAAGGCCGAUGCCGAGCAGACCCUGAAGUUGCAGGGGGAGAGCCUCUUCCAAGCCAACGCAGACUUGAACAGGCGCAAGGACGAGCUGGCCGAGCUGGCUUCGGACGUGGUUACAGCCCAGGAGAACAUGAGACUCGCGGGCAAGGCCGAUGACGCGCUCUCCACGACUUGCGGGCCCAAGGCCACUUCGAUGGAGGACGCCAUUGCCCGGCGGAAGGAGGAGAUCGAGCAGCUGAAGAACGCCGUGAAGGUGUUGGAUGGCGAGGCCGAUGGACACCAAGAUUAG